AACUACAACGAGCUGACAGCAAAGCAAAGCUUGAGAGGCUUUUCUCAAAAACGCGCCGUCGCCGUUUCUUCCCCCUUUUUCUUUGAGAAAAUUCGCCCGCGAGAUCUUUAGUUUCAGACCCCGUGUGGAUUAGUCGCUGUCACGAUCGAGGCGGGGCGCCAAUUGCGGUGGCCACCACCUCCAAUCCACUCCCCGCGGUGGCCUCGCCGAGCUGUUCUUGCUCCGUCCUCCCUCCAACUCCAAGAUUUGUUUCGCACCCGAUUCCUGAGCUUCCGCGGCGCUUCUUGCUGAAAAGAAAGCUCCGAGUUCUUCAGUUCUGGAUCGAUAGAGAGGCGGUUCCUUUGCGGGCUCUGAGAUCCAGUGUCGAAUACCGUGUCUUGAAUCAUGGCCUUGUGAAUUCCAAUAUAAACGUUCCUGCUUGGCUUGCUUUGUUUUGACACAAGCGUUGUACUCCUUGGGGUUUUCCCUCCAGGUUCAGCUCUCGCUCUUGAUUUGUCUCAUCGACGCAUCAGUUGGGCUGCAGGCUUAGAGCUGGAAGGAAUAAUUUGACUAGAGAAAUGGGGCAGUGUUGUAGCAGAGCUCCCGCCCCGGACUCUGGACGGGGAGGCACCAAUGGUUAUGGCUAUUCUAACCAGGCAAAGCCAGCGCAAACACCUUCGAGUUACAACCCUCCUCAGCAGCCGGCCGAGGUGAGGUACACGCCGCCGGCGACGAACCCUCCGGUAGUCCCACCUGUGCCUGUGCCACCGAAGCCCACGGCGGACACGAUUCUUGGCAAACAGUACGAGGACGUGCGCUCUGUCUACUCCCUCGGAAAGGAGCUUGGCCGGGGCCAGUUCGGGGUGACAUACCUCUGCACAGAGGUUGCCUCUGGUAAGCAGUACGCCUGCAAGUCCAUCUCCAAGCGCAAGCUUACCAGCAAGGCAGACAGGGAGGACAUUCGAAGAGAGAUCCAGAUCAUGCAGCAUCUGUCUGGACAGCCAAACAUUGUUGAGUUCCGGGGAGCAUACGAGGACAAGAGCAAUGUCCAUGUGGUGAUGGAGCUCUGCGCAGGUGGGGAGCUCUUCGAUCGCAUCAUUGCCAAGGGGCACUACACAGAGCGUGCAGCUGCUACAAUCUGCAGAGCAGUUGUGAAUGUUGUCAACAUUUGCCACUUCAUGGGUGUGAUGCACCGUGACCUGAAACCGGAGAACUUCUUGCUUGCGAGCAAGGAGGAGAAUGCAAUGCUCAAGGCCACUGAUUUUGGGCUUUCCGUCUUCAUCGAAGAAGGAAAGAUGUACAGGGACAUCGUUGGAAGUGCUUAUUAUGUUGCGCCUGAAGUCCUUAAGCGGAGCUAUGGAAAAGAGAUAGAUGUUUGGAGCGCAGGUGUUAUUUUGUACAUUCUUCUCAGUGGUGUGCCUCCAUUUUGGGCUGAAACUGAAAAGGGGAUAUUUGAUGCUAUUCUGCAUGAGGAGAUUGACUUUGAAAGUCAACCUUGGCCAUCAAUUUCUGAGAGUGCUAAAGACUUGGUUAGAAAGAUGUUGACACGAGAUCCAAAGAAAAGACUGACUUCAGCUCAAGUUCUUCAACAUUCAUGGCUCAGAGAAGGUGGAGGUGCAUCUGAUAAGCCUAUCGACAGUGCUGUUCUUUCUAGAAUGAAGCAGUUCAGAGCAAUGAAUAAGCUGAAAAAGAUGGCCCUAAAGGUUAUUGCCUCAAACCUUAACGAGGAAGAGAUCAAGGGGCUAAAGCAAAUGUUCAUGAACAUGGACACAGACAAUAGUGGCACAAUCACGUAUGAAGAACUCAAAGCAGGACUAGCCAAACUUGGAUCAAAGCUGUCGGAAGCUGAAGUAAAGCAGUUGAUGGAGGCUGCUGAUGUUGAUGGGAAUGGAUCCAUCGACUAUGUUGAGUUCAUCACUGCCACAAUGCAUAGACACAAGCUCGAAAGAGACGAGUAUUUGUUUAAGGCAUUCCAGUACUUCGAUAAAGAUAACAGCGGUUUCAUCACAAGAGAUGAGCUGGAGUCUGCUUUGAUCGAGCAUGAGAUGGGUGACACGAGUACAAUAAAGGAGAUCAUAUCAGAAGUGGACACAGACAAUGAUGGGAGGAUUAACUAUGAGGAGUUCUGCGCAAUGAUGAGAGGAGGGAUGCAGCAGCCAAUGAGGCUCAAGUAGCCUGUUCCCUUAGUAGAAAUGGUGUACCGUUAGUUACUGUUCUUCACUCUUUUUCCCCCUUCGUAUUUGGUACUCUUGGUAGCCGGAUUAAGCUUACAAUGGGCGUCGCUCUUUUGCAUUGUCAAGAGAUGAUUGUGUAUAUCUUUUUCUUUUGCUCGUGUUUGUUGCAUUGUAGUAUCCUGAACGUCCCUUCCUUUUGUAAGUUUGUUUAUACACAAGCACAUCCAAUAGAAAGUGCAAUUUGUGUCUCA